AUGAGGUUUGGGAAGAAAGGGAAGUUGAGCCCUCAGUACAUCAGGCCAUUUGAGAUCCUGGAGAGGAUAGGUCCAGUUGCUUAUCGGGUAGCAUUGCCCCAAGCACUAUCUAGAGUUCAUGAUAUGUUUCACAUAUUUGUGUUGAGGAAGUACAUGUCAGACCCUUCGCACGUUCUCAUUUAUGAACCUCUAGAGAUUGGAGAUGCAUUAUCAUAUGAGGAGGUAUCAGUUCAGAUUCUGGAUCAAAAGGUACAACAUUUGCAUACUAAGGAGAUAUCUUUAGUGAAAGUACUGUGGCGGAACCACACAAUAGAGGAGGCUUCUUAG